GCUUGGGGUUCUGUGGCCCUAUCCUCGGGGGAGUCAGUCAACUUCAGCACCAUGAAGGGUGUCCUCAUUGCUGGCAUCAUCUUGGCACUUGCUGUUGCAGCUGAAGUGAGAGAUGCUGAAUCCCUCAGCUGUGUGCAGUGUCAUUCAUGGGAAAACACCUGUGUAAACGUCACUGCCACUGAAUGUCCAUCAGAUGCCAACACCAGCUGUGUCGGCUCCUCAGCCAGCUCCUCUCUAGGGGGAAACACACAAUUAUAUCAGGACAUGUUCUGCUCAGCGGAGAACUGCAGUGGAGAGACAAACAUGACCUUCACUGUCUAUGUGUCCAGUGAAAGCUUCAUGUUUGCAAGCCAGUGCUGCCAAGGACAGGGCUGCAGCAGCACCAGCGAUGACCUGGACACGGCGUCUGAUCGGCUAGUGCUGAGAGGCUGCUCCCACAUAAGUGGCUCCACCUGUCAGUUCCUGUCUGUGGGAAACCAGACGGUGGGAGGCGUCAUCUUCCGCGAGUUUCAGUGUGUAGAUGGCACCUUAACCUCUGCCUCUCCGCCGACCGCGGGCACUGGGUCCGGAGCCACUCUGUCCACGUCUCAGGCGACAGCGGGCACUGCUUCCAGAGACCCCCUGACCACGUCUCAGGCAACAGUGGGCACGGGGUCUGGAGCCCUCCUCCCCUCCGUGGCUCUCACCACCCUCCUCCUGUUGGGCCUGCUGCUCUGA